AACUUCAAUUACGGCCUUUAAUUAACGCAAACUAUACGUUGUUUUUAGCUUAUGAACAUCGUUAGCUUGUAUGUUUAAUUAUCCCCGCGUAAGUUUGUGAACAGAUCUUCUUAUCAGGGCCGCCAAUCUUCAUCGGCAGAAUCUCCGACCAACGGACCCAACUACGCUGGACUUCGUGAUCAAUACCAAUUUCAUCGGGCCAGACUUCGUUGCAGACGACAUCCGGGUAGACGACCAGAGGCACAUACUUCUUGCCACAACACCUCAGCUACAGCAGCUUAAACAGGCCAGGCGGUGGUUCUUGGAUGGCACCUUCAAACUGGUAAAACGCCCGUUUUACCAGUUAAUGUCUGUCCACGCGUUCGUCCGAAAGGGUGAAGAUGCCAAACAAGUACCACUCGUCUACGUACUGAUGUCACGGAGAACAAAGCAGGAUUAUAUUGCGGUGCUGACCAGUCUACGUAGUAUGCUGGAACGCCCGCAGGUUGAAUGGUUCAUGCUGGACUUUGAAGCUGCUGCCUGGCAGGCAUUAAGGGAAGUUUUUCCGGGGUGUGUUCUGAAGGGAUGUGUGUUCCAUUGGAGUCAGCGGGUUUACCGUAAAAUCCAGUCCGAGGGUCUUACCACUGCCUACCUGGAAAAAGAAGAUAAGUACAGGUUCUUACGGAAACUGCUGAGUCUGCCAUACCUCCCUUCAGAGCAAAUUCCAGCGGCUUUCCACCAGUUGAAGCAGCAAGCUUUAGAAGUCGGCGGCCCAAUCCUGCACGUGACGCAGUAUGUCCAGGGUACGUGGAUAGAAGGAAGUAUGUGGCAGCCGAACCACUGGAGUGUGUUCAGGGAGACGGUCAGGACAAACAACGACGUUGAAGGGUGGCACAGACGAAUCAACACCCGGGCUGGUCGGGCUGAUUUGGGGUUCUACCUGCUUGUACCUUUGCUUCGCAGAGAGGCCGAGACGGUAGAUCUCCAAAUCAGGCUUGUAUCAGCCCAUCUACUGACGAGGCUACACAGAGCAAGAUACGCCAGACUCCAUGGGGCAUUGUUUGACGCUUGGGACAAAUACGAAGACGGUGAACUGACGACGACACCACUUCUACGUAGAUGCAGCAACAUCGCGGGGCUCGGACCUUCCACUGGAUUUACCAACAGCGCGGUACAAGAAGAUGUAUAA